AUGACGGUGGCGGUGUGCCAUUUCAUGCCGGCGCUGGUCGUCGCUCCUCACCCUCACACUCGCAUGCCGGCGCCGAUGCCACCGUCGCAGCAGCUUGACAUGUGGAGCGCCAUCCAGGCCCCGGUCGACGACGACUGCGCCACCAAGGCCCUGCACACGCCGGCUAAGGCCAAGGCCGGCUACCCGGUGCCGACGGCGCGGCGGUCCAUGAGCCACGAGAGCCUCAGCCUCUGCACCGAGAGCCUCGGCUGCGAGACCGGCACCCGCGGCGACUUCCUCGACCUGGCGUCCCUCCUCUACGCACCGCCGCCGACUUCCCACCAGACCGACGAUGCCGUCGCCGCCGACUUCUUCUCGCCGCUGGCAUUGCAAGAAGACGACGAGGAGGAGGAGGAGGUGACCAUUAGGGAGGUACAGUACCACCGCGCUCGGCCGCAGCGCGCGUUCCCGCCUCCGCUGACGUCCAUGUCGCGCCGCCGCGGCGACGAUGCCGGGCCGUGCCUGCGGGUGCGCUCGCUCCGCCGCGACGGGCGCCUCGUGCUGGAGGCCGUGGCCGCGAAGCCCCAGGGGUACCUCCAUGCGCAGCGCGAGGACGGCCGCCUCAAGCUCUGCUUCGUGGACUGCUCCUCUGCCUCGGCCUCUGUUCGCGAACAUGAGAAGCAGAGCAUGGUGCAACCGCAGCAUGGAAACCAGAAGCUGAGCAUGGUGCAACAGCCACAUCAUGACGAGGAGGAGGAGGAGGAGGAGGAGGAGGAGGACGUGGAGGUGGUUGACAGGGGCACGGUGGUGGAGGUGGUGGCGGCGUCCGGCAAGGCGCAGCGGUGCUCCAGGAUAGUCAUCAACAAGUUCGUGGGCGGCGCGCCGGCCACCGACGACCUGAACGCGACCCCAUUCCCAUCGCGCGGCUACAGAGCUUCUGAGGAAGAAGCCGCUCAGCCAGCGACGCCGGGGCUGCGCCGGGUGCCGUCGUCCACGACCACGCUGGCUGCCGCGGUGGCCGCCGCGUCCACGGGCAUGCAGUCCGGCCAGGAGGACGAGGAAGAGGCUGACCAGAAGGGCGAGGAGGAGAGCGCGCCGCUGCUGUUCACGUCGCGGGUUGGGGACAGGCAGGAGCUGGUGCGGAGCGUGCGGCGGUGCCGGCAGCUCCGGCAGAGGCCGCUCUUCAUCGUCGAGCCAUACUCCAUCAUCGCCUCCUGA